AUGUUCAAGCUGAAAUUAAAGGCACUUGGUCACCCAAAUCCCGAAAACUUUAAUUGUGAAGAUGAAAAAGAAUAUAGAAGUAUCGUUCUUUGGCUAGAAGACCAAAAGAUCAGGCAUUACAAAAUAGAAGAAAGGGAAGGUCUGCGAAAUAUUGAUAGUGACUCUUGGAAAGAAGCAUAUGAUACAUAUCAGAAAGACCUUGUCAGUCCAAUAAACAGUGGAGAUCCUAAUGAACAAUUAAAUUGGCUUCUCUCCUACGCUGUGAGACUGGAAUAUGGAGAUAAUGUUACUAAAUAUAAGGAUGUCAAAGUUGAACAACCUAAACAAGCAACACCUAAUGUAGUGUCUUCAAACCCAUUGGACAAUCUUGACUUUACCAGUUCUGCAUUUAUCGCUGGUGUUGAUAGAGUGUGUGCUUUAACCGGCGUAGGUCCACAUCCUGAUCCGAAAUUCAGACUUUCAGCGGUAGCAAAGAUAUUGAAAACAGCACCACAUCCCGACCACAAAGGUGAUGCAAGUAUUGUGCAACAACCCAAUGAUGUGUUGAAACUCCUGUUUAUACAGGACUUGAGAGAACUUCAAACUAAAAUCAAUGAAGCCCUAGUCGCGGUACAAACUGUUACAGCGGAUCCUCGUACUGAUACCACAUUGGGCAGAGUCGGGAGAUAA